AGUUCCAGUCAUAGUCCUCACUGCUGAUCCUAACUAGGGGCGUGGCUCCAUCCACACAGCAGGGACUAGCCUAACCACACAGGCAGGCAUUGACCACUGUUGAAGUCUGCCAUCACUGUUCAUUCAUUCCUAUUACCAUGGCUGACAGCAACACCAUCAGGCUCCGAGUCUUCUCCCUCAACUGCUGGGGUGUCCGUUACCUCAGCAAGCACUGUCCGCAGCGCUACGCCAUGAUAGGAGAGCUGUUGAGCAGAGAGGAGCAUGAUAUUGUCCUGCUGCAAGAGGUCUGGAGUGAAAAAGACUUCCUCUGCUUGAAAAGGAAACUUUCCUCUACCCAUCCGCACUCCCAUUACUUCAAAAGUGGCGUCAUAGGCAGUGGACUGGCCACGUUCUCCAGACAUAGAAUCCAUGACGCAUUUCUCUACCGCUAUUCAUUAAACGGCUAUCCAUACAUGGCCCAACAUGGAGACUGGUUUGGAGGCAAGGCUGUGGGGAUGGUCAUAUUGAACAUAGGCAGACUGACAGCACAUGUCUACGUCACACAUCUGCAUGCAGAGUACUGCAGGGAGAAGGACUCCUACUUACCUCAUAGAGUGGUACAGGCCUGGGAGCUGCAGCAGUUUAUACGUCAUACCUCCAGUGGAGCAGACCUGGUGAUUUUGGCCGGAGAUCUGAACCUGCAUCCCCAGGACCUUGGCAACCGGUUGCUACGGACAUACACUGGCCUCCGGGACAGUUACACAGAGACUGCUAAGUUUGAUGGCUGUGAGGACGGCAUCACUCUUAUAGCAGAUAACCCUUUCAUCAAUCCCAAAGAGCUCUGCCCCUUCGAGAAGGGCAUCCGAAUAGACUACAUCCUCUACAAGGGGUCAGGAAGAGUGUCUAUCCAGUGUGAGUCUCUGUCAACCACCAAGGGUUCUGUCCCUGACCAUCCCUUCCCUUACUCUGACCACGAGGCCCUGAGCGCAGAGCUGCAGCUGCAGACCCUGACACAGCAGGCAGGAGGAGACGAGACCAGAGGUGUGCAGGACUGUGCUGCAGGUAAGCUGGCUGAGCUGGUGGACAUAGUGACGGAGGCCCGUACUGAGGUGAAGGUGGGCCUGUACUGUGCUGAGAGGAUGCGCUACACGGCAGCUCGUACCGGGGUGAUGGGCCUGGCCCUGCUGCUGUUGGAGCUGGCCAUCGCUGCUGUUCCCUGGCUAGCCCUGGGAGCUGACCAGCCCUUCCCCCAGGCCUCCUUCUACCUAUUGGGCGUGCUGUGCUUUGCCAUCCUGAUCACCACCUUCCUGCUCUACAUCUUCUACACCAUGGAGGUGAUGGCUCUACAGGGGGCAGAGGACCAGAUGAGGCUGGCUGUAGGGAGCCUCCAGGAGAGGCUGAGGGGAUUCCCCCUGGCCCAGCCUCUGAACCCCCUCCGUAGGCCACCGGACGGACAGGAUCCCUGCCCUCUGGAGCCAGAGGAAUAGAGGCAUGGGGGGUAUAAAAUGAACUUUGAGGAACUGAUCUUAAAGAUGGAAUCUGAAGUAGGGGAAACAACGCCCCAGGGCUGUUCUUAUUGUUGAUGAAGCAGAGGUGGGGAGCGUCGUGUAUUAAGAUCAAACAAAUUACAGUACAUAUGCUGCUGUUCUAUUGCGUAUGCAAUGAUGUCCGAUAGGGGGAAAAACAGUGUUUGUUGUUUACAGUUACUUAUUUGCUAUUGUAAUAUUGCAAACGGACGUGGCAGUUUCACCAUUAAGGAUUCCAGCUUUUAAAGAGGUCCUUGGAGUUGUCUGUCUGCAUCGACUGAAUGUGCUUUAUGCUAUUGAGGUUUCACUGCAGUAGAAGCAUUCAGCAUAAGCUUUGACGUAAUGACUUGAACCAAAAGAAAAUUACUUUUCUUAGUGGCUUUGCUCAUGUGCUUAGCUGCUAUGUUUGUUUCGUUUUUUUAACUUUGUGCAUCUGUAAAUUCCACUCGACAAUCUUUGGAUUGCACAGCACUUACUCAUCUUCCCUCUCGAACAAUGACCGCUUCUCGUGGCAAUUGGCCAUGAGACAAUCUGGUGAUAAACACAUUCUUAACGUACAUCUUUCCUAUAGUCCAGACCUGAGGAUUGCGUUGGCACUAGGAGGUUCCUCAGGUCUGGCUUGCAUUCCACCACUCAGGGUGUUGGUGGGACCAAUUCUUUCCUCUGUUUCAUGAAUUCCUUUACAGUGUAUAGCAGCUUAGAGCCUCUUUACCCCAACUCAGGGACGAUGUAUGACCUCUACUUUUAGUGGAGCCAUGUUUUGUUCGGUUGGUUUGAACGUUACACUAAAUUCCAAAUGUAUCCCCCUAGCCCUUACACCUUAGGCACUCCUGUAGAUCUGAAAGGCUUGGAUAGGUAGAUGCAUUGCAGUAGUAGCUCUGUCUUCUGAUUGGAUGGGUGGAACUAUUACCAUAUUGCUUCCACCUAUCCAAUCCUCUCAGAUCAACAUGAGUGUCUAAGGAGUAGAGUCUUAAGGGUCCAUUUGGAAUUCAGCAUCCAAGUGCCCUGCAGGACAAGAGCUCCUGUGACAUGGUUUGAAAUGAACUGUGGGGACAAAGCACAGUUCCUCUCUUGAACUGUACAGUAGGCUUUUAUUUCGUAGACGUGUUGGAGGAGAUGAUCAGAUCUCUUGAACGGUGGGUGCACUGUCCCAAAGGGAGAGAUUUGAACGCAUUUGCUUGUCUUAGUAGUGUGUUUAGAAAAUGUUGAUUAAUCAAGUCACUUGCUCUUAUUUAUUUAUGAAAUUAACAAAUGAUAUGGUAACCAAUCAAUGCACACUUAUAAAGAUUCACAUAAAGUUGAUAAGAUCAAGUUGUUAGGGUACUUGCACUUGAUUAGCAAGAUAAAGCUUUUAAUGUACUUGUUACCUUGUAAUUGAAUGUACUGUAAAACGAAGGCCAGUGCAACCAUUGCUGCAUAUGCAGAGAUUGUCAAUUUAAAAGUAAAGAACAUAACUGUAACCCUGACCUGCUUUUUUCAGGGAUUCAGUUUAGUGCAAUUAAUGUAGGGAAAAGACUGAAUAAUGAGUUUUUUUUAAAUAUUACACAUAGAUACAUUCAGUUAUCUUCACAAAUGUAGGCUAGUUAAAUGUAUUCUGGCACUCUUUGAAUCAUCUUGGUUAAAACGGAACUCUAGCUAAUACUGUAUAGUUACUAACAAUCCAUGAUAAUCCACUAUAACAUUUCAGGCAGUAUUCAAUCCACUUGAUUAUAUGGAUUAUUAUUAUUGACAAUUGAAGGACAUGAUUGUAAAGGCAAUAAUAAAUAAUGUAUACUAAUA